UCACGUUUGGUGUGAUUAUGGGCGAGUGCUGAAAAAAUGUGAAGCGCCCUCCAUGCAAGUGGCCACCCUAUUUCGUGAGAGUGCUGCAACGCUAUUAGGCGCCACCACAAUGAACGAAUCAACUGCGUUCGCAGUUCCCUCAAGUCAAUCGCUGGACCUUCAUCCAGUAGCGACAAAUCACGAAGGAUACAAAAUCCUAUCACCGAGCUUAAGGGCUGACAUGCCGGAUGAUGGAUAUGAGACCAGUGUCGGUGACACGCUACCCCGCGUGGUUAAAGCACCCCCAGAUGAUCCAUACAACUUCAUCGAUGAUGAUCUUAGUCACAUGAUGUCUUUCCCAUUUUAUGGAACAGAUGUGAGUGUCCUUGAUAUUCCUGCAACAGUGGCGCCAAAGAAGCGCGGCAGAAAAAAGAAACCACGCGAUGAGAGUACGACCACAAAGGUGCGUGAGCGGAAGAAGCACGACAGAUUUAAUGGUAUGUCCGAAGAAGAAGUGUCAAAACGCACUCUACCUGACCACAUCGCAAACAAUCUUGAUAUCAUUAUAAUCGGCAUAAAUCCUGGUUUGUUUGCCGCCUAUAAGGGUCAUCACUACGCUGGACCAGGAAACCACUUUUGGAAGUGUCUUUACCUAUCUGGACUCACACAUGAACAAAUGACAGCGGAGGAAGAUUAUAAGUUGCUCAAAUUUGGUAUUGGUUUUACAAAUAUGGUGCAAAGAGCAACUAAGGGAUCUGCAGAUCUCACACGUAAGGAAAUCAAGGAGGGUAGCCAUAUACUCAUGGAUAAAUUGAAGCGGUUCCGCCCUAAGAUAGCAGUUUUCAAUGGUAAAUUGAUCUUCGAAGUGUUCUCUGGCAAGAAGGACUUUAACUUUGGUCGUCAGCCUGAGUGUAUUGAAGGAACAAAUACGUACAUGUGGGUGAUGCCAUCGAGUAGUGCGAGAUGUGCCCAAUUACCACGCGCUGCUGAUAAAGUGCCAUUUUACGCUGCUCUCAAGAAAUUCCGUGAUUAUUUAAAUGGUGUGGCCACAGAAGCGGAGCUCGAUGAGCAAGAGUUUGUGUUCAGUGAUCCGAAGUACAAAGUGUGCUGUGAAAGUGAACCAAAAAUGGACAACUGUGUUUCUGACAUUGAGGUAACAAAGAAAAAACGCGGACGCCCAAAGAAGGUGCGUCCUGAAGACGCUGGUGAUGCUGUUAUCGCAAAGGCGAUACUAACAAAGCGUACCAUAGCACUAGAAGGUGUGGCAAAAAAGAAGCGCGGUCGUCCCAAGAAGCUGAGGGAGGGGGAAACGGUGGAGGCAACAUUCUCGUCACCACCAUCCAUUAUUGAAACUAUGCACAACUUCUGCAAAACUUCUACGGCCUAUCAAUCACCACAGAAUUCACAGACAUAUUCUCAUUCUGACCUAUCGUCAGAGAUUAGUGCCGCUAUCUCUUCGGAUCAUCUAGUGGACUCUCCACCGGCUGGAUCACCACCUCUUGGUCCACCUGACUUCGAACCGCCCGCAACAAUGCCCACCGAUGGUGCCAGCCAGCCUGAUCUCAGUCGCUAUUCACCGUACGCUCAUCCAUAUUCACAAGACGAAUGGCGUACAGUUAGAGAGCAACGGGACAUCUAUAAAAUGCCGGACGUAACAACCAAAAGUCUGUCAGGACUUGAAAAUUUGGUGGACCAAAUACCUGCAAUGCGUGAGAUUGACGUAGCACCAGCUCUUCAGACAAUUGAAGACGAAGUAUAUCCAUCUUGUCUCUAUUCUGAUCGCGAGUACGACUUCACGUCUUACUCUUAUCCAACAUACGCAGACGUGGAAGUAACACCGCCAUCAGGAUAUGGCUACAAUUUUGACGGAUCGGCCUAUGGCUACCAGAUGGGUUAUCAGACAUCCAGUUACACGUACACCACCUACCCGCCGUCAUCAUAUCCACCACAAACUGCCCCUUACCGACAGCACGCCUUCAAGCCAGAUCUUACGGGUUACGGUGGCUUUUGAUAGUGAGACGGGGCGAGGCCCAUAAUCUCAUAAUAACAGGGUAGUUACGCCAGAAAGUGCGUGCAGGCAAAUGCAUUACUUUGAUGUAUUUCUUCUGUCUUUGCUGAGCGAAAAUUGAUAGUGUACAAUGUAAGGAAACAUAAUAGAGAGAAUCAAAUUUGCAUGACAACAGUAAAAUUCAAUAUAUAGGUGGCUAUAUCAUUUAUGCAUCCUCUAUUAUUAUAAGAAAAGUUUACUUCCUUAACAGCAAAUGUAUAAUUAUUAUUUUCUGAUUCAGUCAAAUGUGAAAAAAAUAGUUUCACUUCAAAUGGUAACAAUAACUCUUCGUAAUCUAUUAUUUUUUAAUCAUGCAUUAUCAAAAUUAUUAGUCAAACUCAUUCAGAAUUUCGUUUACAGUACUUGUGUAUGGCCUAGUACAUAGUUUUAUGCUAUAAAACAUACAUGGUUUUGCGAGUAACUAAGUUUUACGGCUAUAACACCAGAGAAUUGUCAUUAGAUCGCUUGAUUUCGAUUUCAAUAAUGAACAUUUUCACUAUUUUUAACAUUCAUUUGUGCAAUAGUGAACCAGUUAAAACUGCACAAAUUUUGCUGGAUUACAUGUGCAGAUUAUGAGUUAAAAAGUGUGAAAAGAUAAAUAAAAAAACGUAUGUGUUUCUUUGAAUGUAAAAGAUAUCCAAAACUCUUUUAUACGAUUAUAUUGGGACAAUACUAUACUGACACAGAAGAUUUAACUCGUUAAAAAAUGAUCCGUCUAAACUUAAAAGGAUUACCCUGUUUCCAAUGUUGAGCUGAAUAAGAUGCUCAUUCUUACCAGUAGAAGACGGGAAAAUUGUAAUAUUUUAUUUAAAAGCAGCAAAUGAUACAAGAAAGGAAAGAUGCAAAUUAAUCUAUUCACCGGUCAGACAUUUAAACAUUCAUAUCGAAAUGUUCCCUUUUUCUGCAAUUAGUCGAUUAGUAAUAUUUCUUCGUUUUCCAAUCACCUUAAGUUUUCCAGAAUGGUGUUAGAAAUUGAAGGAAGAAGAGCUUAAAGUAAAUAAUUCUAUUGUAGUUCAUGCCCUUUUUCGCAAUUAAACUAGUUGAGGCUAUAUGCACCCAUUGGGAUGACAAUGACAUUUCUGAAUUAAUUAGUCUUACAAACGGGAAAAUUUAAUUUUAGAACUCAUAAUUCGCUUAUUACAUAAAACUUCCUCUAGAAGUUGUGUUUCAAUAGCGCGUUACGGUGAAACAAUUUUUGGUACUAAUAACACAAUUUUGAUAUAGCAUAUUUAAUCAAAAAUAACAAACGAGCCUGUAAAAGCCGCUUCUCAAAUUUAGUAACAUCAAAUAUGUGUCACAGAAUUGCUGCAAUGAUUUCAUUAAACAUUAGCUUUCGCUGAAAUAUACAUAACAAAUAUAAUUCUAUACUGUGACUUGGACGUCAGAGCUUUCGAUGAACGAAAAGAGCGCUGAAGUCAAAGAUAUCAGUCAAAAGUCAUAUUUUAUGGUAUGCACGCUUGAAACUAUUUGCUUUUAUUGACAACCCCUCAGGUGGUCCUAGAUCAUGUAUACAUUUGUAAUAAGUUUAAAUGAUGGCUUUUUCUUCUUUUUCGUUAAAUCUAUGUGUGCAAUAAAUCGCACAAGGUGUAUUGUGAUAUUAAAGCGCAAAAUACAGUGAAUGAAAAAAUACCAGCAGUGCAGAAAGUGAUGGCAAGUGUGUCGGUACGCUGGAGUGUGCAAAAUGGCGAAAACCUAGGCGACAUAAUUCUCCCCUGUACUUUUUUCAUCCCUGAAGAAGGAGGAAAUAUACCUCCGAAACGUUGAAGCGAAAUAAAAUAGAGUGAGCAAAGAAAAAGGCCGUUCCGUUUUAAAUCUACACACACAAUCCGGCUGACCAAUAUCACAAUCGAAAAAAUACCAGUUAAAAUAUUUAUGUACAAGUAUGAACCUUUUUUCUGUUUUACUACAUUUUCAAAUUGACUCAUUUCAAUUUGGGCACAGUAAAACGUACAGUAAAUCCCAGUGAAGAGCAUGCUAUCUUGGCUCGUCAUACGAUCAAAUAUAUGGUCAAUACAUAGAUUCCUCCAUAUACAUAUAAUCUAUGUGAGAAUGGUAGAGACGUGCACAUUACCGAUUAAUUGUUUAGAAAUCAACCCCAUUUUAAAAAAAUUAGUCCAAUAGAGGACAAUAAAUGCUCGACAAAUAUUAUAACGGCGAAAACACAGCAUUUGUCAGGUAAAAAUUAAUCGAGUUCAUCAUCAUUUCGUCUCUUUCUUCCCCACGUAUAUCGUGUAUUUUCCUUCUUACUCUGGUGGAUAUAUAUAUUUAUAUAUAUAUUUUUCUUUACAUUUUAAAUUAAUUAUAUAUAUUCCUCAUUAAGUACACUGAAAAGAAACGUUUACAUACAGUUCAAAAUUUGUUCGAAUUCAAACCCAUGGGCCUAAAACAUACCGUGACGGAAUUUUAAAUUGGGAAAGUUGAGUAUUUGGAACAAAUCAAGCGACAGCGAAUCUUCAUGCUGAGCUAGAGGUCUGAUUUUUUGCACAAGUAUACUGAUACUUGUGACUAAUUGUCCCAAAAGUUUUCAGUCUUUUUUUUUAUUUAGAAAAAUAACCUAUUAUGCCCAAUUUAUAAGUCGAUUUCUUUACAUCUUCGAAAUAUUUGUAAACUGUCCCUAUUAAAGAAGUUUGACCUUUCCUAUUUGCUUAGGGCUAAUUACUUAAGUUCCUGAGCUAAAAACUUGAAACUUAGUGGGAUAAUUACACACAAGUAACAAUAUAUUCGUGCAACAAAUCAGACCAAUAAAUAGUUCAAUAUGAAGAUCCGCGGUCACUCGUUUUUUCGUAGUACUCAACUUAUGCAUAAAUUCAAAUCAAGGUAUAAUAAGAGACGGAGGAUUUGAAAUUCUGUGGUGUUGUUAAUGUGUUCAGCAAAAUAUUUUAAUACGUAAAUUAUAGUUAACUAAAAAUAAUAACAACAGGGUGAUGUUACAAGAAUAUGAAGAGGCAGGAAAGCACAGGUACACGUAGAGCCAUGAUGUUUAAGAAAUAUCUGAGGUGUCGGAGAAAUGCCCUGGAGGAGCACGCGAAGAGACCAAGUGACGAUCCCUCAGAUAUAAAAGAUUGAAAUCUCCAUUAGGAAAAUAAUAGUUAAAUUAAUCCAUAAUGAAGAUUAAACUUAAUCGUUACUCAUAAAUUUACUUUUAAUUGUUUUUACUUUGUGGAUUAAGUAAUUGCUAUACAGAUGCCUUCUUAUAAUGCCCAUGUGAGAAAGAUUGUAAUCUAUUUAUCUCAGUUUCAACGGUAAGAGAAUCAACAUGAGGUAUUCCCCAAAGGCUCAAAGUAUGCUGUAUCUUAGAACAUGGUGUUAUCAGAUCUAACCCCCAUCACUCCUUCCGCUGAUGAUGAUGUUUCAGAAACGGCGAUAUGAGGGGUGAGAUUUCACAUUUUUACUAGCCUAUAUCUCCGCUCUCGUACCAACACAUUUCGAUAAACUCUUCACUAGAAAAUUAAUCUAGACCAAGGGGUUGCUAACGUCGGAGAUGUAGCCAAAAUGAUUGGAGAUGAAGCUAUCAAUUUUUACAAAAUUUCUUGAUAUUCGCGAAUGGUCAGAAUUAAUUGUAAUUUAGGUUUUUUUUUAAAAAAACAGACGAAGCCAUAAAAAAUUUGAAUUUCGUGCAAAUGCCUCAAAAUUUCAUGCCGACAAGGAAAUGAAACAGCAUUUAAAGAUAUUUCGGUAUAGAAUUUGCCGAGAAGCUAUACUUAAGAGUUGAAUUAAGUGUCAAUUUAGCAAUGUUUAUCCCAAAUUAGUGAUUAUGAUGAGCUUAGAUUAUUUUUCUGUAAAAAAUGAAAGUUAUAAUAUUGAAUUUUAAUUUUAAAAGCCUUUCCUUGGUUUAUAUUCAACGUAUUUCGGGCUAUUCCGUUCUUUGAUUUAAACUUUUAUAUUCCCUCCAUUCCUAAUUCGAUAAGGCGCGCGAGACCGUGGGGGGCAUCAGGAAGUACUUACAGGCUGCUGCUCUGAUCAGCGACUCAUCCUAACUAAUAGCUAAAUGUUUAAAAGUCUCAUUUCUUUUUCUUUUUUUCUUUUCUCACUUAUCUGUAUUGUUCUUACUCCUUGUCGAUUCUUAGUCUCUUUUUCCACUCUUCUUUUCUAAUUAGCAAAUUGUAAGAGGGUUAUGCCCUAAAUUUUGCUCAAAAUAAUAAAUAAAAUUAAAUAAAAAUUAAAUUAAAUUAAAUUAAAAUUAAAUAAAUAUUAUGUUUUCGAAAUCGUCUAGUUACAUCAGUUACAAAGACUAGUAGUAUUUCUGAUAAUUCUUUCAGAACAUAUAGUUUCAAAUUUGAUUAGCUGAGAAAGCAGAACAGAGAGCUGAGUCUUGAAAAUGGUCAAAAUCAGAAUCAACAGAACCUCAUCGAUUUUUAACUUGUUGACAUGAUCACAAUUUCGAAAGUUUCGUUAGUCUUUGUUGGUUAUGUCUAUGGUUGAUGUUAAAAAAAAUUUUAUGGUAAGGAUUAUAUAUGACAUAAUAAAAUUUGGAUUAUCGUUGCCUUGACACUGCAAAGAAGGACUCUCAGGGACUAGGUAGGAAUAAUGUGGUGUUGAGGAAAUUACACUUUGUCGAACGCGGCAUGGAAAGAAAUCAUUUGACAUCAAAAGCGUUCAAAUGAAAGGCAAAUUAACAAAUUCGCGGGUUGUAGAGUUAGAUUCAAGGUUAGAUUUGACUUCAUCAAACUCUAUGAUGGUUUUCUUUUUCGGAGUAAAAAUAGUGAAAAUGCAAUAAAUGGGUGGCGAAAAUGACGAAUAGUAACAUUUAUAAAAUAUAAUCACUAUUUUCUAUCCGAAUAUCCACUCAAUUUUUUCAUUCUCCGUUUCUGAGCCUCUUACGCGCGCAAGAAAAUAAAUGCUUAUAUCUCAGCUGUAAUAUGGAAAAUUAUAAAUAUAAUAUUAAAAAUAAUUUUAAAAAAUCAUUCUAUUAUUUCGAUGUUUUCAUGUUAACACGAGUUAAUUGAUUUUGAGUCAAUUUUAACUCGGUUUCUGACUGAUUUUUAUUCAAGACUCGCAAAUUUCUCAAAAUCAGUCAAUUUCCACUAAUUCUGAUUUUGACGAAUUUUAAGACUCAGCUCUCUCUUUAUUUUUGUGCUCAAAUUCCUCUCUUUCUUGAUCGGUAUCACGCCAAAAAGUCAUAGGGUGUGUGUAAAAGGGGAAGGACAAUGACGCGAAAAUGCAAUUUUAGUCGCUUCCCAAACGAGUAUAGUAGAAAACAAGGUGAAAAAUUACAUUUUAGGCUUUAAAAGGACUUUUUACGAGAAGAUUCAAAACCUAAGGAUAACAUUAAAGCGUUAAAGAGAAUGCUAGGAAAGAUUCUAUUGGAAAAUUGAUAACUUCAAGCAUGGAAAAAUUUAAUCAGCUGGGAUUUUGAUCACAAAUGCAAAAAUUGAGAAGUGUUUCGAGGAAAAUAAAAAUUUGCAGCACAGUACUGGUAAUUGCGGUGAAAAAAGAAUCUUGGUUGGUAGUUUAUUUGAAAAAAAAAUGGUCGCAGAAAAGCCUUUUCCUGUAGUCAUUUUCUUUGUCAUUUAUUUUUAUUAUUUCAAUCCUUAUUGGAUCACGAAAUAUUUUUACGACGAAUCAAAUCAACUGGAAAUUCCAGAAUAAAUUGCAUCUGCGUGCAUCGCGAUGCAGUCGAGAUGCCCUUGAGCAGCAAGAUGCUGUGGCACUCAAAACCCACAUUAGCAACCCCUUGAUUUCGAUGCAUUUCACUAGAUCACAUCUACAAUCAGCUUGUGACGUUAUAAGUAAAGUUUUCACGCAUGUAUUUCGACCAAAUCAUUUAACAUUUAGAAAAGAUAUUAGUAUAUUUUAUUUCAGCAAUGGAUUUAUGCUAAAAUUGCUCAAUUUUGGAAAAUACAAACAGUUGUUGAAUAUAUCGUAAAAUGUGUCCUAUAAGAAGCCAUAAUAUUAAUACUAGCACAAUAUUGAGCUCAGCUUCUUACACAUUUGUCGUUUUUCUUGUGACAAAUUCAUUUAUUUGGGUUUUCCCCAAGUUCUCAUGGUAAUUUACUUUCAUAUUUAAGUUUCACGAACAAUUCCUGUAUUGCAAUGUUAUGAUAAGUAAAAAGAAACUGCGGUUUUUAAUCAGAAAAGACAUUACUCAUUUGUGUAAUUUUUGCCAAAAAAAUCUCCUAAUUACCAGAAAAUUAAAGUCAAGGGCACCGCAAAGGUUAAGAGGGUCUUAAUUAGAGAUCGUAUACAAUAUUUCGUGUCUUUUGAUUUAAGUUAUGGGAGAAAAGUAAUCGUCAGGAUACAAAAUCAAUUUUUGAUUUUGUGAAACGACACUGUAAAAAUAGGCUAAAUUUAUACAAAAACUCUCAAACUUCUACGAUAUUUCACAUAAAUAAGACAUCGUUCCAUAAUAAUGUAAUUCUGGCACAAUUCUAUUGCAUGUCAGACAAUCUCUAAAAAUAUACCAUAAUUUUUCACUGUUGUAACAAGACUGGAGUUAUGGCAGUUAAAAGUUCGUAUUGGAAUACACUAUAAUUUCUUUUUAUGUGUCCCAUCUUUUUAUCUUAAUCUCACUUGAAGGGUUUUCAUUUUCAAAAGUCUACAACUGCUGAGAAUAGAAGUUUCAAUUUUUAAUUGCAAUUUUCAGUUUAUGUUAAUUCGAAAUUGCUACAUUUCAAGUUGAUUAUAGAGAAAAGUACAGUACAGCCUUGUUGCUUCACAUAACAUAGGCACACAUAUUUUGUUUUGCUGUAACAUAUCAUAAAAUAGAAUAAUAUUGAAUGGUAGUUAAAGAGCACGGUACUUAUAUGAAAUUACUUAUGCCUAUAUAUUACUUAUAUGAAAAUAUCGAUCGUGACACCUCUGUGAGGUAGCAUAUAAACAAAUUCUGUUCAAAUCAAUUUUAUUAUUUAAAUAUGAACGCAUACUUAUAAAUUGAACAAUAAAUUUUGUAAUUUGGUUUGAGAGGUAAUAGCGGAUGCAAAAAAUGAUAUACAACGACUUAAAA